AUGACUUUCUUUCCUGCAUAUAUGGAAUUUAAGGCGCUCCUCUCAGGAGAAGUCGAUUAUGAGGCGCUUGCAUCACAAAGAACAGCGGUAUCAGCAUCAGGCUCAAACCAACGAAACCAGUCUUCCAGUAACUCGGGUCCUAGCCGACCACAUGAUCACACUAGGUAUAAGCAUCGACAAGAAAACCGUGCUACAGCGCAAGAAACCCUCUCGGUCUUGCCAGACCUUCUUGAAGAACUCGGUACAGAAGACAAGGCUGAGGAUGCUACGAGAUAUUCCUUCGAGUCCCUCCACCAGCUGCAUCCCGCCAUGUGUCCACACUACCCACAACCCGCUACGAUCAAAGUCGUCAACAGCGAUACUCUAAACGCCGCUAUUGAUCUGUCCGGGCUGUUCUAUGGCAACUUUCCGAACUCGAACCACGGGAGCAAGCCGCCUUUGGUCGUCAACUUUGCCAAUCGCCAUAGUCCUGGUGGAGGGUGGCUCAAUGGUGCUAUGGCACAGGAGGAGGGACUGUGUUACCGAAGUUCACUCGCGAUGAGUUUGGACAAGAGUCUGUAUCCGAUGGAGAGGAGCGAAGCUAUCUAUAGUCCCUACGUACUCAUCAUGCGUCAGGAUCUGGCUUCAGGGCAUGCGAUCAUGAACGUCCCUGCUAGAGACCUCCCGGUUGUAAGCGCUGUGACAGUAGCCGCACUUCACAAGCCCCCAGUGAAGACUUUGAAGACCAAGAUGCAUGAUGAGUAUGAAUAUGAGACCUCCGAACCUGGAAAGAGAGUCUUUGCUAAUGAUCGUGGCCGCGAUACAACAAAGGCCAAGAUAAGACUUUGUCUACGGAUGGCUGCUGUGAACAGGCACGACAUGCUUGUGCUUGGUGCGUUGGGAUGUGGCGUUUAUAGUAAUCCGCCUGAGGAUGUGGCUCAUUGCUGGCUGGAAGUACUGCGGGAGCAUGAAUUUUCGGGGAACUGGUGGCGUGAGGUGUGGUUUGCUGUCUUUGACCCAAAGAAAGAUGGCAACUUUGAGGUAUUCCAGAAUGUACUCGAUGGACAGGAGGUUUAA